AUGAGUGGGAGGUGCGACUUGGGCAAGAUUUGUGGUCGAGUCCUAAUGUCCAGCCACCUUCAUCUGCAUUCUCUCUCAGGCUUCAAGACCCUCUCUGGCGUAACUCAGCUCAUCCGCAAACUGAUUUCAGUUAAUGCAGAAGGAGACAGUAGCGCACUGGUGUAGCCCAUUACCACUAAAAAUAUCACGAGACCGUUUUAGCAACGAGAAAUUCCUUUAUGAACCGUUAUUUAGACUCAAUUGAAG